AUGGCGGGCUACGACGAGAAAAAUGGAUCUGAAAAGAUCGAAUCCACUCUCCCCACCUCUAUUCCUUACUUCCGCCUGGUCUUCGAUCAAGGUGUAGUCACCCAGCAGAUUGUCAGCCACCCAUAUCCCGGCUCCGGCACUGAAGACGACCCUUAUGCCGUGACAUGGAUCCCCGAUGACCCUCGUAACCCGAUGGGUUUCAGCCAGUUGAAGAAGUGGAGUUUCACUGCCGUGGUGGCUAUUGCGACGCUGGCUGUUGCAUUGGUCUCUUCUGCGUACACUGGUGGUGUUGAGGAGAUCGAAGAGCAAUUCGGCAUCGGCAGCGAAGUUGCUACUCUCGGUGUCUCGCUUUUCGUCGUUGGUUUUGCUGUUGGUCCCCUGCUCUGGGCUCCUCUUAGCGAAUUGUUCGGCCGUCAAAUCCUCUUCACUACUACCUAUGCAGCCCUCACUGCAUUCAACGCUGGCUGCGCCGGUUCCAAGAAUGCCUACACCCUCAUCAUCCUCCGUUUCUUCGCCGGUGCCUUUGGAUCAUCGCCCCUUACCAACGCCGGUGGUGUCAUCGCCGAUAUGUUCUCUGCCAAGCAGCGCGGUAUCGCCAUGAGUCUGUUCGCUGCCGCCCCCUUCCUGGGUCCCGUUCUGGGCCCUAUCAUCGGUGGUUUCCUGGGUAUGAACGAGGGUUGGAAGUGGGUGAUGGGCUUCCUGGGUAUCUUCUCCGGUGCUGUUUGGAUCAUGGGCUCUCUCCUUAUGCCCGAGACCUAUGCGCCAGUGCUGCUGCGCCGCCGUGCUGAGAAGCUCUCAAAGCUUACUGGCAAGGUCUACCGCAGUAAGAUUGAUAUCGACCAGGGCAGACUUUCUCUGAAGGAAUCUUUCAAGAUUGCCUUGUCCCGUCCCUGGAUCCUCCUCUUCCGCGAGCCUAUCGUUUUCCUGCUAUCGCUGUACAUGGCUAUCAUCUAUGGUACUCUGUACAUGAUGUUCGCUGCUUUCCCCAUUGUUUACCAGGUCGAACGUGGCUGGAACCAGGGUAUUGGUGGUCUUGCUUUCCUGGGUAUCAUGGUUGGCAUGUUGAUUGCCGUCGUCUAUACCCUCUGGGAUAACAAGCGCUACAUCAAUGUCCAAGAAAAGCACGAUGGAUUCGCGCCUCCCGAAGCCCGCCUGCCCCCGACCAUGGUUGCUUGCAUUGCUAUCCCUAUCGGUCUGUUCUGGUUUGCCUGGACCAACUACCCAAGCGUCCACUUCAUGGUCAGUAUCGCAGCCGGUGUGCCCUUCGGUUUCGGUAUGGUUCUCGUCUUCCUCGGCAUCAUGAACUACCUAAUCGACGCAUACACCAUCUUCGCCGCCUCCGUCUUGGCCGCAAACUCCGUUAUGCGUUCCCUCUUCGGUGCUGCAUUCCCUCUCUUCACCACGUACAUGUACAACAACCUCGGCAUCCACUGGGCGUCCUCGAUCCCCGCUUUCUUGGCGCUGGCUUGCGUGCCCUUCCCCUUCCUGUUCUACAAGUAUGGUGCCGCCAUCCGUACUCGCUGCAAGUUCGCUGCCCAGUCCGAGGCCUUCAUGCGCAAGAUCCAGGAACAGGCUACUGCCAUUCCUAGCGAGGAAGAAGAGGAGAAACUCGAGUUCGACCGCACCGAGGCUCCCGCCCCGCACGAGCCUUCUCUGUCUAGCUCCUCCUCCCACGCCGAAGAUGAGCCCAUUGCGGCUCAACGUACCCGCAGCCGAGCCCACUCAACCGCGUCGGCUCGCACUAUGGGCUCGCUGGCUCGCGUACCUACCUACGAAGGAAACCCAUACGUUGUUGACCGUAUCAACACCCGCGAAUCCUUCAAGGCUUAA